AUGUCUGAAAGUUCUUCUCAUUUUUCCUUCUCUAAGGAAGAAGAAAAAGUUCUAGCCUUAUGGGAUGAAAUUGAUGCGUUCCAUACUUCUAUGAAGUUAACUGAAGGUAAACCUGAAUUUUCAUUUUACGAUGGUCCUCCAUUUGCCACUGGUACUCCUCAUUAUGGUCAUAUCCUAGCUUCCACCGUUAAGGAUAUCGUUCCAAGAUAUGCAACCAUGACAGGUCAUCAUGUCGAGAGAAGAUUCGGUUGGGAUACGCAUGGUGUUCCAAUCGAACAUAUCAUUGACAAGAAAUUGAACAUUAAGGGUAAAGAUGAUGUCUUCAAGUUUGGUUUGAAAAACUAUAACGAUGAAUGUAGAGCUAUUGUUAUGACUUACGCCGCUGAGUGGAGAAAGACUAUUGGCCGUCUAGGCCGUUGGAUUGAUUUUGAUAAUGAUUAUAAGACUAUGUACCCUUCAUUCAUGGAAUCUGAAUGGUGGGCUUUCAAGGAACUGUUCAAUAAGGAUCAAGUCUACCGUGGUUACAGAGUUAUGCCUUACUCUACUGGUUUAACUACUCCAUUAAGUAACUUCGAAGCUCAACAAAAUUAUAAGGAUGUUAACGAUCCAGCUGUUACCAUCGGUUUCGAUGUUAUCGGUCAAGAAAAGACAAAGUUAGUUGCCUGGACCACUACUCCAUGGACUCUACCAUCUAACAUGGCUCUUUGUGUCAAUGCUGACUUCGAGUACGUUAAAAUCUACGAUGAAACUAAAGAUUGUUACUACAUUCUUUUGGAAGCUUUGAUCAAAUCUCUAUACAAGAAGCCAAAGGAUGCUAAAUAUAAGAUCGUUGAAAAGAUUCAAGGUAAGGAUUUGGUUGGUUUGAAAUAUAAACCACUAUACUCCUACUUUGCUGAAGAAUUCAAGGAAACUGCAUUCAGAGUCAUCUCUGACAAUUAUGUUAGUGCUGAUUCAGGUACUGGUAUUGUCCACAACGCUCCAGCCUUCGGUGAAGAGGAUUACAACGUCUGUUUGGCCAACGGUAUCAUCAAUGAAGAUUCUUCUUUCCCUAACCCAAUUGAUGACUUAGGUAAGUUCACCCCAGAGGUUUCAGACUACGCUGGUGUCUAUGUUAAGGAUGCUGACAAAUUAAUCAUCAAGCACUUGACCGAAACUGGUAACUUGCUAUACGCUACCCAAAUUCGCCAUUCUUACCCAUUCUGUUGGAGAUCCGAUACUCCUUUACUAUACAGAACUGUUCCAGCAUGGUUCAUCCGUGUUAAGAACAUCGUUCCACAAUUAUUAGAAUCUGUUCAACAAUCUCACUGGGUUCCAAACACUAUCAAAGAAAAGAGAUUUUCUAACUGGAUUGCUAACGCUCGUGAUUGGAACGUUUCCAGAAACAGAUAUUGGGGUACUCCAAUUCCAUUAUGGGUUUCUGAAGAUUACAAGGAAAUUGUUUGUAUCGGUUCUGUUGAAGAAUUAGAAGAACUUUCUGGUGUUAAGGGUAUCAAGGAUCUGCAUCGUGAUUCUAUUGACAAUAUUACUAUCCCAUCUAAGCAAGGUAAAGGUGACUUAAAGAGAAUUGAAGAAGUCUUUGAUUGUUGGUUUGAAUCUGGUUCUAUGCCAUACGCUUCUCAACAUUACCCAUUCGAAAACAAGGAUUUGUUCAAGCAAAGAAACCCGGCCAAUUUCAUUUCUGAAGGUUUAGAUCAAACUAGAGGUUGGUUCUACACUUUAUCUGUUCUAGGUACCCAUUUGUUUGGUCAUGUUCCAUACCAAAACGUUAUUGUCUCCGGUAUCAUUUUGGCUUCUGAUGGUAGAAAGAUGUCUAAGUCUCUUAAGAACUACCCAGAUCCAAACAUUGUCUUGGAGAAAUACGGUGCAGAUGCCUUAAGAUUAUAUUUAAUCAAUUCUCCAGUGUUGAAGGCUGAAAGUUUGAAAUUCAAGGAAGAAGGUGUCAAGGAAGUUGUUUCCAAGGUCUUAUUACCAUGGUACAAUUCUUUCAAAUUCUUGGAUGGUCAAAUUGCUUUAUUGAAGAAGACCUCAAACAUCGACUUCAAAUACAACCCAGAUUUAACUGGUGAAAAUGUUAUGGACAAAUGGAUUUUAGCCUCCAUGCAAUCUUUAGUUCAAGAAAUCCACGAAGAAAUGGAUCAAUAUCAAUUGUAUACCGUUGUUCCAAAACUAUUAAACUUCAUUGAUCAAUUGACUAACUGGUACAUUAGAUUUAACCGUCGUCGUUUAAAGGGUGAAAAUGGUGUCGAAGAUUGUAUCAAGGCUUUGAACUCUCUAUUUGAAGCUCUAUUUACCUUUGUCCGUGCUAUGGCUCCAUUUACUCCAUUCUUGGCUGAUUCCAUCUACUUACAAUUGAAGGCUUAUAUUCCAGAUGAUGUAUUGGCCAAAUUCGGUAAAGAUGGUAGAUCUGUCCAUUUCUUAUCUUACCCAGUUGUCAGAGAAGAAUUAUUCGAUGAAGCUAUUGAAAAGUCUGUCGCUAGAAUGCAAUCUGUUAUUGAAUUAGGUAGAAAUGUCAGAGAAAAAAAGAUGAUUUCUCUGAAGACUCCAUUGAAGACCUUGGUCAUCCUACAUAGUGACAAGGAUUAUCUAAAGGAUGUCGAAGCUCUAAAGGCCUACAUCAUCGAAGAAUUGAAUGUUAGAGAUGUUAUCAUCACUGAUGACGAAGAAGCUUACAAUGUUGAAUAUAAGGCUGUUGCUGACUGGCCUGUCUUAGGUAAGAAAUUGAAGAAAGACGCCAAGAAGGUCAAGGCUGGUUUACCAAAGGUAUCAUCCGAUGAUGUCAAGGCUUAUUUGGCUACUGGUAAACUAACUGUCGAUGGUAUCGAUCUUGUCACCGGUGAUCUGAACGUUAUUAGAGAUUUACCGGAAUCUGCUGUUCAAAGUGGUAGAGAAACUAGAACUGAUAAUGAUGUUUUAAUUAUUCUAGAUACCAAUGUGUAUGACGAAUUAAAGACUGAAGGUCUAGCAAGAGAAAUCAUUAACAGAAUCCAAAAGUUGAGAAAGAAGGCUGGUCUAGAAGCCACCGAUGAUGUUUUAGUACAAUAUGAAUUAGUCAAGGAUACUAUGGAAUUCGAAAAGGUUCUACAAGAACAUAAUGCUAUGGUUUCAAAGACUUGUAGAUCUGAAAUUUCCAAAUUUGAUUCUUCCAGAUCUGACUCAAUUGCUGACGAAGAACAAUCUAUCAAUGACACAAUCUUUAAAUUAAAAAUAUUUAGAUUGUGA